AUGAAGUGUGAGGUAGCUCACAGCAGCUCAAGGGAGUUCAGGUCAGCUCCAGUAGCUGGAGUAUUAGCUCAGUCAGCUGGAGAAGAUCAGACAGGGACCAUGGGAAAUCGUUGUCUUCAGCUCUACUUCAAAUCCGGUUCCGUCACAGAUGCUUUGCAAUUGUUUGAGGCUAUUACCGAAAAGAACACCAUAUGGAACGUCUACUUAAAGGGCUUGUUAAAAAACGAUUAUCUCAAUCACGCACUCUACCUGUUCGACGGAAUGCCUGAACGAGAUGUUGUUAGCUGGAACACAAUGAUUUCAGGGUUUGCUUCUUUUGGGUCUCCGAGAAAUGCAAUCAGGACAUUCUUGGAUAUGCGGAGAUAUUUUAUAAGUCCAACAGAGUUCACGUUUUCCAUUCUAGCUACACUGGUUACUUGUGUACGCCAUGGGGAACAAAUACAUGGUAAUGUUAUUUGCAGCGGUGUAAGUUUGUCCAAUCCGGUGGUGGUGUGGAAUUCUCUUAUGGAUAUGUAUAGAAGGGUAGGAGUUUUUGAUUAUGCUUUAUCCGUGUUUUUAACAAUGGAGGGUAGAGAUGUUAUCUCGUGGAACUCUUUGAUCUUGUGUUGUUCUGAUUCUGGGAACAAAGAAGUGGCUUUGGAUCAGUUUCGAGUAAUGAGAGAAAUGGGGUAUCAACCUGACGAGUACGCAUUCUCGACCGUUGUAUCUAUUUGCUCGGGUUUACAAGACUUGUGCAAGUGUAAGCAGGCUCUAGCUCUUUGCAUCAAGAUGGGGUUUCAUUCUAACACUGUUGUUUCAGGAGCUUCGAUUGACAUGUUUUCCAAAUGCGACAGACUGGAGGAUUCGGUUAAGCUUUUUCGGCAGUUGGAGAAAUGGGACUCGGUGUUGUGCAAGUACUCCUUGGUUGCUAGCUAUUCGUGGCAUGGUUUUGGAGAAGAGGCUCUUAAGAUUUUUAUCCUCGCUAUGAGGUAGAGAGUUAAGCCGGAUAAGUUCACUUUCAGUAGCGUUUUGAGCUCACUGAAUGUCAUGAUGGUAGAGCACGGAGCUCAAGUUCAUUCUUUGGCUGUCAAGUUAGGGUUUCAUCUGGACACACUUGUAGCAACCUCACUCAUGGAGAUUUACUUCAAAACCGGGUUGGUUGAUUCAGCAAUGCGAGUGUUUGCAACAACUGAUGAAAAGGAUUUGUUCUUUUAGAACACAGUGAUAAUGGGUUUGGCAAGAAACUGCAGAGCAGAUGAGUCCCUUGCCAUUUUCCGUCAAUUGUUGAUGCACCGAGGUCUGAAACCGGACAAAGUGACUUUAAUGGGUGUAUUGGUAGCUUGUGGUUAUGCUAACUUUGUUAACGAAGGGAAUCAGAUAUUCUCUUCUAUGAAAAAGGUUCAUGGAGUUGAUCCCGAGAAUGAGCAUUACGCCUAUAUGGUUGAGUUGCUGUGCAGGGUUGGUAUGAUCAAUGAAGCAAAUGACAUUGCUGAGAAGAUGCCUUUUGAACCAAGCUCUCAUAUUUGGAAACCUAUUCUCUGUGCAUCCAUUGACCUUGGAGAUAUAAGACUCGCUGAGAGAGUAGCAGAAAAAAUGUUAGAGUCUGAACCAAAGUCAUGGCUUCUUUAUCUUGUUCUCAUUAAGUUAUACGAGAUGACUUGGCGCUGGGAGAACUCGGUGAGAAUAAGAUACGCCCUGGAUAAACAAAAGAUGAAAUGCACUCAGGGAUCAAGCAAGAUCGGUAUAAACGGCAGUGUAUACUGCUUUGAGGCUAACCAGUUGCAGAUUCAUGGAGGUCGUUAUACUUGGGCGACCUUGGAAUUACUGUCUUGGGACUCAGAUGAUCAGAGGUCUGCAGAAUAUUGUCUAACGUGAUUACUCACUAUUAUUAGUGAGUGUUUUUUUCAUAUACUUCUAACCUUAGGAUGUUCCAAUUAAUGGUGGAGCCAGAUCUUAUUUUCUAUACCUCCUUCUACUACGGAAAGUUAAUAGUAUUGCACCUUACAUUGAUGCAUCAAGAAAUCAAUCUUAAGAUCAGAAAAUAUUUUUGGUGUCAAUGUUAUUAUGGGUCUGUAUCACUUCCUUUUUUAGUUCAAUUGAUGUUUUAUAGGUAGGCUGUAGGCAUGGGCUUCUGGUUUCGGUUUGAUUGUUUUCUUAUGGUUAUCGAUAUAGAGAGACAAAAACUAUUAGUGCAUUUAUAAGACUAGGGCGGGGAGCGGGGACGUUAACAAAUGCACGUACGUUGUUCAAAAUCAAAGUUUGAAGUAUUGUUGGAGAAGGCAAGACUAUAUGAAGGUGUUUUGUGGUGAAAAUAUCGAAGUGUAUUAUGCAACGCGAGGAGAAGUAGGGAGUGACUAAUUGAGGGUGUUGUUUUCAUAAUUUCGUAUAUAGUUAAUUCACAGUAAUGGUCAGGUGUAAUAUUUUUGAAUCUAUUUUACCAGAAAUGUUUUAGAAAACCACA